AAACAGUCGCACAUUGUACCUCAUUUUCUGGGAGUCUACAGGCUAGCGAGAUCAUACUACCAUUUCCUGAGCAGUUUGUCCCUUCAGCAGCCGCGAUAACAAACACAUUUGCUGGACCCAAGCUUACUCGAGUCAACGUGGCUCAAGGACAGCGACUAUGGCCCAGGAAGCCCGCGCACCAGCCAAAGAAGAACAACCGGGCCCCACCACCCACCCACGUCGAAGCAGCAGACUACGGCAAAUCCGCAACCCAAGCCAUGCACCGACAUCAGGUGCCACGAACCAGACUACAAACCUGUCUGGGACCGAGUUUGCAAGCUCGGCAUCCACGCAGGCCACGAGUGAGCAGUCGCACCGUCCUCAGCAGGGCUCCGCUCCUGGUCGGCGUCGCCGCGCGUGUGCCGAGUCCGCCGCACGGCCGGGCCAUGUGGUUCCGUUUCAUCUUGCCAUGACGCCGGAUACGGCCCCACGGCAGCGACGCAAACCGGCAGUCUAUAUCCCGGCUGUGCCGGAGGAGCAGAUCCCUAGCCAUGUUGACUUUGUCAACGACCCAGCGCACAAGUUCUGGACCUGGAGCCGAGAGAAGCAGGGUUGGUUCCACGAAGACGAGGAGGCUGGCAAAGUCAUCUGGGCGCCGACGGAGCUUGAUUAA